AAGGGACCCUACGGAGCCGGUACUGCGCCACUUGCCAGCCUCUUGCACGACGUUACACGCGACCUUAAGCCGAUCGAGCCGAUCUCUCUCCCUCGAUUCUCACAUUAGUGAACGAAAGUAACAGUAACAGGUGCUCAAGAUGUGUGAUGAUGAUGUUGCGGCAUUAGUCGUGGACAAUGGGUCCGGUAUGUGCAAGGCAGGAUUCGCAGGGGAUGACGCACCACGUGCUGUAUUUCCUAGUAUAGUCGGCCGCCCUCGUCAUCAGGGCGUGAUGGUCGGUAUGGGCCAAAAAGACAGCUAUGUUGGGGAUGAGGCGCAAAGUAAAAGAGGUAUAUUGACAUUAAAAUAUCCGAUAGAACAUGGUAUCAUCACCAAUUGGGACGACAUGGAGAAGAUCUGGCAUCACACCUUCUACAACGAAUUACGUGUCGCUCCGGAAGAACACCCCGUUCUUCUUACCGAAGCGCCCUUGAAUCCGAAAGCUAACCGCGAGAAGAUGACGCAGAUCAUGUUCGAAACCUUCAAUAGCCCGGCCAUGUACGUCGCCAUUCAGGCCGUCCUUUCCUUGUACGCCUCCGGUCGUACCACCGGUAUCGUCUUGGACUCCGGUGACGGUGUCUCUCACACCGUACCAAUUUAUGAAGGUUAUGCCCUUCCUCAUGCUAUUCUCCGUCUGGACUUGGCUGGUCGCGAUCUUACCGAUUACCUCAUGAAAAUCCUCACCGAGAGAGGCUACAGCUUCACCACCACGGCGGAGCGAGAAAUUGUCCGUGAUAUCAAGGAAAAGCUCUGUUAUGUCGCUCUGGAUUUCGAACAGGAAAUGGCCACCGCUGCGGCCAGCACGUCUCUUGAGAAGAGCUACGAGUUGCCUGAUGGUCAAGUCAUCACCAUUGGUAACGAGAGAUUCCGUUGUCCCGAAGCUCUCUUCCAACCUUCCUUUCUGGGUAUGGAAUCCUGCGGAAUCCAUGAAACUGUCUACAACUCCAUCAUGAAGUGCGACGUAGACAUCCGCAAGGAUCUCUAUGCUAAUACUGUCCUUUCUGGUGGUACCACUAUGUAUCCCGGUAUUGCCGAUCGUAUGCAAAAAGAGAUCACCGCCCUCGCACCUUCCACUAUCAAGAUCAAGAUCAUCGCUCCUCCCGAGAGGAAGUACUCCGUAUGGAUCGGCGGUUCCAUCCUGGCUUCGUUGUCCACUUUCCAGCAGAUGUGGAUUUCCAAACAGGAAUAUGAUGAAUCUGGUCCGGGUAUCGUCCAUCGCAAAUGCUUCUAAAAAUUCAUUAUAUCGUGAAUCAAUCAUAUUCACCAGUAUCAUCAUCAUCGUGCCUCUUCUCUUUUUUCUUCUUUUUGUUUCCUUUUCAACACUCACAAUCAUACUUUAUUAUGUUAUAUUUAUCACACUAUA